AUGUUCCUAGACGAUACCUCUUUUGGGCCCCCGUUCAUGUUCUUAGAGAUGGCGGGUCUCAACUUAUCGGCGCUGACUGCUCGGAACGAAAAUUCACUGGCAAAUCUGAACUUCGACUUCUCCCUAGUAAAGCUAGAAGCUCCAACAGAGUUUCGAGGCCUGGGAAAUUCGUUAUCGCUUUGGCGCCGCACAGUCGCCGAAACCGGUGAAGCCCAUCGAACAGCACGCAAACUGGGGGCAUUAUUUGAGCAGAUCGCGACUAUCCCCGACAGCCUCUAUGCGGCAUAUGGACUUCGGGUUUCCGAGAUUUCGGCUUCGGAAACCAUCAAUCCGCAGAACAGACACCGGUAUGGUCUCUUUGAAGGCCAUGUUGGAGCAGAUGCUACGACGAUCUGGGCGGCGGCUACUGCAGGCAAGUCAGCUAUGGCUAUCAACCUUUUGGCUUGCAUGUUGGCGCGUUUAUGGAGUGCAUCCCAAGCAACUUCAAUCUGGUCUGAGCUAGUGGAAAACCGGAAGAAACAAAUCAACGCCGAAUGUGACGGCAGCGAGUCCACCCAUAUUGCUCAGCUUCUCGCAGCUCAGCAAGAAGUCACGCGGAAAGAGUUGGCUGAAUGGGACUCAAGUUCUCGAGCUUGGAUCUCUCUUGCAGACAGAGUCAAGAAGACUGAGCAUCAGGAUUUAGAAGAUAUUCUUCAGAGCCUGAGCCUCCCUGUGGAUACGAGUGUCGACACAUAUACUAGCGUCAUACGGGCUUGGAACAUCGCGAUGUCAACUAUAGACAGCUUGAUUCGAGGCAUGCCACAUUCCGUAAACGGAGCAGUACUUGUCGCUAUUUCUGCAUGGCACAUUUAUCCUGACAUCGACUUAUUCGGCAAUCACAACAAGUCAUUUACCUUCAAUGAUUGUCUAGUCCAGCGAGGUGGUUGUUUGACUAUUGGUCUCGAGGACCGAUCACCUGCGAAUACUUGCGGUGUUUACUGGUCCCUUUCUUUGGCUCGCCUGAGAUAUUAUGGCGCCCCGAUGGCCCUGACCGCCCGCUCCGUGGACGAGUCCAAGGUGAUGUUUGAGGAAUUCGCCUUGGUAAUUUUUGGCACUCUUCUUAGGUCUUGGGCUGGUGAUAGCUUCAACCCCAACUUCGAGAUCCGCGAGGCAGCACAGCUCAUUGUGAUUAUAUGGGAAAUGUUGGAAAACGCAGCACCAAUUAGUGAAACGUGCCGGGAAUUGAUGCUUUUGCGGGGCAACUGGAUGCACAUAUUGGUAUCUGCAGCACGGACUUUAGCCGAUGCGGACAGUAAAAGUUGGCAAAGAGCAAAGAGGUUGGUAUUUUUGGGUAUCCGAAGAGGCGUCAGCGCUCUUCCAGCAACCCAAGAAAUGCCACCUUUCUUUGGGAUGCUGGACCCUUCGACCUUAACAUCAAUGCUCAAGGAGUCGGAUUCCGUGAGAAUCAGAUUCUUGAGAGGCUUGGCAAAGAGUAGGAAAUUGAAAGGGGAUGAAACAGUCAUUGGCUACAGGAGCAGAGACACUGGGUUAUUGGAAUUUGCAACGGCUGUGGCCAGUGACAGACAAAGCAUGAAGCGGAGUAAUGACGGCAGCCACUCAAUCUCAAGUGGUCAUACUCGAUGGAUCAGAGGUCUGGAAACUUUGGAAAGAAGCGAUGUUGUUUGCGACUGUGAAUCUGAGUUCGAGGUUGAGGUCGAAACAACCGAUAGAGAUUCUGACGGUGAGCCUGUGGUGGAUGAUGACACUGGGAAGUCAAAAAAGAAACGGCUGAAAAAACGAGAAAAGAGAAAGGCGACGGAGCACAAAGAUUGUGCCACGACCUGUCCGGUCUCAGUGCAGUACAAAAAGAUUGCGCAGCAAAUUGAACGGAGAAAGUCAAUCGAGUCCAACGGCGAAGUGUGCUUGGAGUACGAUCCGAAGGACAUUCAUUUGAAAGAUCAGCUGCUAUCCUGGUUCAAUCCUCCGGCCGGUAUCGAUGGCGGUGGACUAAUGGCGAACGACUACAACUCAACGAGCGGAAAUUCUCCAGAGGUUGACAGGCACGCAACCCCAGAGCCAUCUCAAGGAUUAGAUCGCAGCGUUGGUCAAGUCGACCUAGACUGGGAGCACACAAUACUGGAGCUCGACCGGUGGACAGACCAUAGAACUCGGCAAUUUCGCUGCUUAGUCGGCAGAGUCGAAGAGGCUGCUCUGCUGGUUCGCCAGGAAGACUGUAAUUAUGACGAUGUUACAGUGAAAUGCGCGCAACUUCCUUUGCCUGAGGUCCAGAGCGUGGUACUCACAGGUGCCCUCGAUGCUGAUAAAGUGCUCAAUCGCUUGCUCCAGCUUCUAUCGAAACGUGGGCAUGAGCAAAAAGAAAAUCAGGCUGGACUUUCAAACUUCCUUCGGGCUUUCAAAAUCCUUGGAUCCGCCUCGCAGGUUUACAAGCUACUGCCCGGAGCACAGGUUGCGUUGCGGCUUCUGGAACGCGAUCUUCCGAAAAUGGGCUGGACGCGGAACCUGCCGUUCUUCGACGAGAAGACUGUAGCUGGUGUCUUUUCUUCAUUCAAGUUCAAUAGAUCCCAAGCUCUUGCCUGCAUAGCGACUUUCGAGACCGGCUCCUUGGAUAUCGAGGAAAUGGAGUUACGAAAUGUUUUCGCCGUUUCAGUCGGGAACUCCAUCUACGCCCCAUCCGCACUCUUCAACGACCCCUACGAUGUCUGUGAAGACUUUGAGCUUAUGAGAAUUGUUGGAAACGUGGGAAAACCCGGUUUGACUAUGAUGAUACCGCCAUCCGACCCGCGAAUAUUGCAGCCGGAAUAUGAGAAAUGGCAAGUCAUCAAUCAUGAGCCAUUUGACGCAACCUGUCAAGACCACUUCGGCAAGACGAGCUUGCACCUUUCAUUCUCGGGAUAUCAGCAGCCUGUGGCAAGCACCGUAAAACACGGGGCGCAAGAUAUUGAAGCCCAAUACCUUGAGACUCUGGUGUCGGUCUACGACGGCAAACGAUGGGUAGCUGACCUUGACAUCCUCGCUGCCUUAGACAACUCCCAGGUCGAGCGUUUCGGAUUGCCCAAUGUUUGCCACCACGAUAAGGGGAUCGCCAUAAAUCCAAAAUGGAUUUCCGUGGAUUGCUGGGACGAACUCAUCGACAUGGUUCAGGAGGUCAACAUCGUGAGGGCUCACGGGAACUUUUUGGCAAGGCUUGCUGCGGUCACUGUCGUCAUCCAGAUAGGGCACGCAAGAUGCUUAGUGCUUCCCACUCACGCGGAAUGCUACGAAUGCGUCGAAUCUAUCCUCAACAGCGAGAACAUACAAUUGGGCGAGGAGGUGUCGUGCCCGGAAGGGAAAGACAUCAAAAUUCUAAUCUGCUGA